UUCUUAUUUCUAUCUUUGCUUCCCAGUCAGUUAUUAUUAACUGUUUAGUAUAGUGUGUAAGCGUGUUUACGAAAAUUGUUCCACGUUUCUAAAGUAGUUAUACCGACUAACACAAAAAUGAAGAAAGGAUACUUGGAGCAGUAUUUAACUUCUGGAAUUUUGGGAUUAGCAACAUUUAUCUGUGGCUAUUCAAUCGUUUGGCCUUCAUACACGAUACCAUUGUUCAGGAGUGACCUUUCUCCUUUGUCGGGUAACUUCACAACAUACCACCAAAGCCUUCUAGGCUCAGUGCCGAUGCUUGGAAGUCUACUAGGGACGGUAUUUGGUGGAUUAAUAGCGGAUAAUAUAGGGAGAAAACGAGGCGAAAUUUUGAGUGGCCUUUUCAAUGUGCUCUCUUGUGCUCUCAUAUGCACUGCCAGAAACAUCUACCUCUUGGUAGCAUCAAGAUUCAUCUUCGGUUUUGGAGGUGGCAUUCAUACAUUCCUCUACAGUAUAUACGUUGGAGAGUUCAGCUCUGCAGCCAUCAGGGGUACUACCAUAUCCAUCUGUGUCUUCGGAUAUUCCAUCGGGGUAUUGUCUUCUUACAUCGUUGGUUGGCAGUUGACCUAUGAGCAAGGAAACUACUUGAUUCUGGGAAUUAAUAUCAUGUUUGUGAUAAGCAUGUUCUUUGUUAAGGAUACGCCGGUUUAUUACUUGAAAAUUGGCAAGGAUAAGGAAGCCCUAGAGUGCCUGAAAUUCUACCGAGGCACUAAAAUAACGAAUCAGGAGGUGUUGGACGAGUUCGCUGAAAUGAAGAGUCUUUUGCACACGCCACAGCAGAUGAUACUACUGAAAGAUUCAGACACUAUUGAUGAUCCUGAAAAAGAGAAGCUACGCCAAACCACGGACGUUGUAGUAAUAAAUGAAAGUAAAGCAAAUGUAUGGAAAACUAUGAUCUCAUCAAAGCCAAAUCUCCGCAUUUUCGCCGUGAUAAGCGCGUUAAUAUUCCUGUCAGUGUCCAUGGGAAUGAUAGCCAUACAGACGUACGCCGGUAUCCUCUUUGCACGGGCAGUCCCGAACCUGUCUUCAGACAUGUGUGCGAUAGCUGUGGCCCUGGCGAAUAUUGCUGGCAGUGUGCUGCCGAUAUUCAUGAUUGACGUCGUUGGGAGGAGGAUAAUGAUGAUAGCAUCAGCCGUCCUGGUCUCCCUCUGUCUGGCGGCUCUCGGGGCAGUCCUCCGCUGGCCCAUAGCGCCGGACUGGAUGAUCCCUGCCAUCAUACUGCUGUACUGCUUCUGCUUCCAGCUGGGCAGUGCCACCGUGCCGUACAUGCUGAAUGCUGAGGCUUAUGUUCCUGAGGUAAAAUCCCUCUGCAUCAUACUGGCUUACUCCGUGAUGUGGGGUGCUAACUUCAUAAUGCUGGCCAUUUUCGCGCCGCUAUCGGAACUCGUUGGAUUGGACGGAACCUUCUUCUUCUAUUCCGGAAUAGCCGCCAUUGCUGCUGUACUGUCUGUAUUCGUUCUUCCUGAAACUACUGGUUUGACUGUCGAUAUGAUACAGGCAAAGUUCACUAAUGGGUUUUCGCAAAUUGGUCAGAAGUCUAAACAAUAAAAUGUUUUUAGGAUAUUA